UACGCAGUAGACGUAUCUAUAUUCGUUCUCCCGACGACGCUGUAGACGUUGGCGGUUCCUUUAUUCGAAAUCGGCGCCGCUGCCAAUUUUUCGCAGCGUGGCCGCCGGGCCGAGAAACCCUUCUCUCCCAAGAUCGCGGACGCGGCGGCCCUCUCCCCCCCAUCCGCGAUGGCGUCGGGCUCCCCUCGUUCCCGCAUCGAUCAGUUCUUUGCUUCAAGAAAGCGGAAACCUCCGGUACCCAAAGAUGAGAAGAAGUCUGAUAAAGAUCCCAAGAGCCCGCUCGGUGGAUCACCCAGUGCAAAAGGCAAUCUUGAUAGUUAUCUCGUCAAGUCUCCCGAUGCCAGUUCUUGUGCUGGCCGUGGCGCGGUCUUGUCGAGGCAUGACACCGUCAGAAGAAAUCUGUCAUCGGAGAUCAGCUCGGCUUCUGAUGUGGCAAAGAAGCCCAUCUUGAUAUCAUGUUCCUCAGGAAGUGGAGGUUCAUCAAAGAGUGUUGAAGGCCAGUCUGGGGUUCGAAUAGGAGCAUUGGGCGAGGCACCAGCUGAUGUUCUUGGGUCUGGAGAGCAAGGUCACACCCUCGAUGACCCUUGCGGUGUUGGUAUCGCGACCAGGCGGAAUUCAGAGCUCAGGAGGUUUGCAACUGAUUUUCUUUCUCUGUAUUGCAGUGAUCUCCCAACUGCUGUGAAUAUUCCUGUGGAACAAGAGUUGAAGGGUCCAAAGAGAAAUGGCAGCCCAUCUCUCUUAGUUGCAUGCAACAAAACUUGUGCAAAGAAGCAAUGUUUUUUGGAUCAGAGCAAUCUGUCCCAAAAACCUUCAAAGUUUGAGUCAAGCGCUAAGCCUGAGGAAGCACAUGCUGUUCAUUGUGAGGAUCUUGAUGGAUCAGGUGGUAAGCCCUAUGAGGAAAGUGAUGGUGGAGAUGCAAGCCUCAGAAGAUGCAGUACGACUCCCAAUUCUAGCUUAAUGAAGACAGAACAUUGUUUGCCUGAUUUGUCAACCAAUGUCUUGGCUGCUGGUGUGACUCCUAGAUCUGCAUCCAGGAGUUCCAUGUUCUCGCCAGGUGAUGAGUUUUGGAAUGAAGCUAUUCAAGUUGCUGAUGGUUUACUUGCUCCAGUUGAUAAAUUACCUGAAAUUCUGUGCUUUUUAAAAAGCGGAAGAUCUGGGAAUAAGUUAUUGCAGGACAAAUCUUCUUGUGCUAUUCCUCAGGGUGCUAAAAGUUUUUCUAAAUUGGACAGUGAUGAUUUAGCUGCUCGGGCUGUGGUACAGAAAGGUUGUGCGAAGCCAAUAGAGAAGCCUGUUGAAGCACCUAUAAUGUUGCUGUCAGGCAGUCAGCAAAAUGAGGUAUCCCCGUUGCCUGUGAAGCAUUUUGACUUCUGUCAGGAGGAAAAUGCACAUGAUCGUGAUGUGGAUGUAGAUGGAGUUGGUACUCUUGCAGGGAUUGGAGAUGUAAAUAGUGGUUGUCUGAAGCAGAAAUGUCUAGUGACCUCAGACAUUUCAAAAUGUCAUGAAGAUCGGGGCAAAACAGAAACUUUUGAAGAAGUUCCUAAAUCUUCUUCAAACACGUCAUCAGAUAUGAGUCCUCCUGAUUUAUCUUAUCCAACUAGAAAUUUGCCACACAUUGUGGACAACGGUUCUGAUUUGUCUAUACAUGAACGGACACGUGGUUUGCUGAUUCAAGGGAAUGGCUCCAAGCAUAUGCACAAGGACAAAAGUUUAUCUCAUGAUAUGCCACUACCUCGUUGUGAUGCUGAUGAUACAGAGAAAGAAACCCAUAGUAGAUCAAUUGCUUAUGGCUAUUGCGAAGAAGCCACGACUCCAUCCAGUUCUAUGCUAUUGAAUGAUCAUUUGAAGCUUACCAAUUGGCUUCCUUCUGAAGUAUGCAGCGUAUACAUGAAGAAAGGGAUAUCAAAACUUUACCCUUGGCAGGUCGAAUGUCUCCUUGUAGAUGGCGUCUUGGAGAAAAGAAAUCUAGUCUAUUGUGCAUCAACCAGUGCUGGUAAAAGUUUUGUAGCGGAGAUUUUGAUGUUGAGGCAAGUUAUAUCGACUGGAAAAAUGGCGCUGCUUGUACUUCCUUAUGUGUCAAUUUGUGCUGAAAAGGCCGAACACCUGGAACUACUUCUUGAGCCACUUGGGAAGCAUGUUCGCAGCUUUUAUGGAAAUCAAGGUGGUGCAUCACUUCCAAAAGACACUUCUGUAGCUGUAUGUACAAUAGAGAAGGCAAACUCUUUAAUUAACAGAUUGUUAGAAGAAGGUCGCCUUUCUGAACUCGGAAUUAUUGUGAUAGAUGAACUUCAUAUGGUUGGUGAUCAACACAGAGGUUAUCUGCUGGAGCUAAUGUUGACAAAGCUUCGUUAUGCAUCUGGUGAAGGAAACUCAGAAUCAUCUAGUGGAGAAAGUUCGGGUUCUAGCAGCGGGAAAGCUGACCCAUCUCAUGGUUUGCAGAUUGUUGGAAUGAGCGCCACCAUGGCAAAUGUAGCAGCUGUAGCUGAUUGGCUACAAGCUGCACUUUAUGAGACUGAUUUCCGACCAGUUCCGCUAGAGGAGUAUAUCAAAGUUGGGAAUACCAUUUUUGACAAAAAAAUGAAUGUUGUUCGAAAGAUCCCCAAAACGGCUGAUUUUGGGGGUAAAGACCCAGAUCACAUUGUGGAACUCUGCAAUGAGGUUGUUCAAGAAGGUCACUCAGUGCUAUUAUUUUGUUCGAGUAGAAAAGGAUGUGAAUCAACUGCAAGGCAUGUCUCUAGGUUCUUAAAGAAAUUUUCUGCUGGCGGACAUGAAGUUGUUGACUGUGAGUUCAAUGAUGCUUCCUCUGCCAUUGGGGCCUUGCGGAGGUGUCCUGCUGGAUUAGAUCCUAUAUUAGAAGAAACACUGCCUUCUGGUGUUGCUUAUCAUCAUGCCGGCCUUACGGUCGAGGAGCGAGAGAUCGUUGAAACAUGCUACCGUAAAGGCCUUGUACGUGUUUUGACUGCUACAUCUACCUUGGCUGCUGGAGUUAAUUUGCCUGCCAGAAGGGUGAUAUUUCGACAACCACGGGUUGGUCGCGAUUUCAUUGAUGGAACGCGCUAUAGACAGAUGUCUGGUCGUGCAGGUCGAACUGGAAUAGACGCAAGAGGAGAGAGUAUACUUGUAUGCAAGCCUGAUGAGGUCAAAAGAAUUGCUGCUAUCCUUAAUGAUAGCUGCCCUCCCUUGCAGUCUUGCCUCUCUGAAGAUAAAAAUGGGAUGACUCAAGCAAUCAUGGAGGUUGUUGCUGGUGGGAUUGUUCAAACUGCAAGUGACAUUCAUCGAUAUGUUAGAUGCACUCUCCUCAAUUCUACUGUACCAUUUCAAGAAGUCGUAAAAUCAGCUCAAGAUUCCCUUCGAUGGUUAUGCCAUAAAAAUUUUCUUGAAUGGAAUGAAGAGACUAAGUUGUACAGCACAACUCCUCUUGGACGUGCAGCUUUUGGCAGUUCUCUUACGCCUGAAGAAUCCCUUGUUGUCCUAUAUGAUCUGUCGAGAGCAAGAGAAGGAUUUGUUCUUGCAUCUGAUUUGCAUUUAGUUUACCUUGUAACUCCUAUUAAUGUUGAAGUUGAACCGGAUUGGGAAUUAUACUAUGAGAGGUUUAUGGAAUUAUCGGCGCUUGACCAAUCAGUUGGAAAUCGAGUUGGGGUGGUGGAACCUUUCUUGAUGCGCAUGGCCCAUGGUGCCCCGAUGGCUCUUCAAGAAAAACUGAGAGGGAGAAAGAAAAUGCUGCACAACAGACUGCAAACACGGAGUGUAGCCACUGAAACUAGCACAAUUUCUAGUGAAGAGACUCUUCGUGUCUGCAAACGCUUUUAUGUUGCACUUAUGUUGUCGAGACUUGUGCAGGAGGUCCCUAUUUCUGAUGUUUGUGAGGCUUUCAAAGUAGCCAGAGGCAUGAUUCAGGCCUUACAAGAAAAUGCCGGCAGGUUUGCUUUGAUGGUGUCAUUAUUUUGUGAAAGACUUGGUUGGCAUGAUUUAGAAGGUCUUGUUGCCAAGUUCCAAAAUCGGGUCUCAUUUGGAGUGAGAGCAGAGAUUGCGGAGCUUACUGCGAUCCCGUAUGUUAAGGGCUCACGAGCAAGGGCACUUUAUAAGGCUGGUCUACGCACUCCUCUUGCCAUUGCUGAAGCAACUGUUUCUGUGAUUGCAAAAGCUCUUUUUGAAUCUUCUGCAUGGGCUGGUCAAGAUGAUUCAGCCCUUCGUCGCCUGCAUUUGGGAGUGGCUAAGAAGAUAAAAAAUGGUGCGCGCAAAAUCAUUCUUGACCAAGCAGAAGAAGCAAGAAUUGCUGCCUUUUCUAUUUUCAAAUCACUUGGGGUUCAUGUUCCCCAGUUUUCACGACCUUUACUUUCUACCACUGCUGAGGAUAGCUCUGGACGAGGUAGCUUUACCUCUGCUGGUGAAGUUGCUUUAUCAUGCUUCAAUGGAGCAGAAGCUGUAAGAGACACUCAACUUGCUGCUCGUGAUGCAGAUAACACAAGUAUUAGUUAUAAUCAUAGUUCUCGUGAAAUUAAGAAAGAAAAUUCAACCGAUAUGAAGGAUAUAAUGGCAGAGGCUUCUGGAGGGGUAAACACAGCUGAAGCAGUGCAGCAUAACAGUAUCAGCACCGUUGCUGGGAUGUUAAUAAAAGCUUCUAUUGUAACCAGUGGCUCUCCUCAUAAGGUAAAUCAUCAUGAUGUGGGAACAUCAGGGGAUUCUCACAUUCCAGAAUCAACAAGCCAUGCAAAUGGUAUUCUUGAUGUCACACUAGGUUAUGAUCCAAAGAGAGGGGACAUGGGCAGAGUAGAUGGACCCAACUACAGUAAUGGAGACAUUUCUGACAAAGGUCCCAUUAAGGCCAGUAAUUUUCCUGGCGGGUUUGAUUCCUUUUUAGAUCAGUGGGGUGCGGUUGGGGAAUUUUGUUUUGAUGUUCAUUUCUUUAAACGACCAGAACUUCAACCUUCCAUCUUAUUUGAAGUUUUUGGCUUAGCUAUCUGUUGGGAAAAUUCACCAGUGUUUUAUGUCAACUUUUCAAAGGAUCUGGUGGCUUCUGGCAACCUUGAUAAAUGUGACAUCUGGGAGGUUGCUCUAAGUAGAUGGAAAAGGAUAGCUAAAAUUAUGGGAAAAGGUGGCGUUAGAAAAAUAACAUGGAAUCUGAAAAAUCAGAUUCAGGUUCUCAAAUAUCCUUGUAUUUCUAUUCAGAGAUUCAGAAGGCUCUGUGUCGAGUAUAAAAAGCUGAAUGACAUUGAGCUUAUUGACAAUUCAUAUAUUUCAUUGCCAUCUGUCUCUGUGAAUGAUGGAAUCGACAUAUGCUUGCUGGCAUGGAUCCUUUCGCCUGAUGAGGAAAGCAAAUCCAUUCCAAUCCUUGACAAGGUUGUCAAGAAACGAUUAUCUAGUGAGGCUGCAGCAGCUGCUAGUCGGGAUGGUAGGUGGAGAAAUCAAAUACAUGAGGCUGCACAUAAUGGUUGUUGUAGACGAGCUGCCCAAGUACGAGCUCUGGUUUCUGUUUUAUGGAAGCUUCUUGUUUCGGAGGGCCUGGUUGAAGUUCUUACCAGGAUUGAGAAUCCACUGGUUAAAGUCCUCGCAGACAUGGAACUUUGGGGCAUAGGUGUUGACAUGGAGGCAUGUCUUCAUGCAAGGCAUGCUUUAAUGAGCAAGCUGAAAGAACUUGAGAAGGAAGCUUAUAGACUUGCUGGCAUGCCUUUUUCACUUUAUACAGCUGCAGACAUUGCAAAUGUCCUUUUUACACACUUAAAAUUGCCCAUACCUGAGAGUUGCAAUAAAGGGAAGCGGCAUCCUAGCACAGAUAAGCAUGCCUUAGACCUAUUAAGGGGUCAACAUCCGAUCAUUUCAGUUAUCAAAGAACACAGAACCUUGGCAAAGCUUUUGUACAGCACACUGGGAUCAAUUUGUUCACGGGCUCAGUUGUGUAUGAAGUCCCAAAAAUAUACAAUACAGGGGCACUGGCUUCAGACCUCAACAGCUACAGGACGUCUUUCAAUGGAGGAACCAAAUCUCCAGUGUGUUGAGCAUUUAGUAGUCUUCAAAACCCAACAUCAUGAUGAAAGCAACUCAAGCGUUUCAAAUGUCAGUCAUUAUCAGAUCAAUGCUCGUGAAUUCUUUGUCCCUACACAAGACAACUGGUUGCUGCUAACAGCUGACUACUCCCAAAUAGAACUGCGAUUGAUGGCUCAUUUCUCUAAAGAUUCCGCAUUGAUUGAACUUCUAAGCAAGCCAGAUGGUGAUGUUUUCACCAUGAUAGCUGCAAGAUGGACUGGUAGGCUGGAAUCUGCCAUUAGCUCUCAGGAGAGAGAACACACAAAAAAGUUAAUAUAUGGCAUUUUGUAUGGGAUGGGGGCUAACUCCCUUGCCGAGCAACUAGAAUGCAGCUCAGAAGAAGCUGCCGAAAAAAUUCAAAGCUUCAAAACUUCUUUCCCAGGCGUUUCUGCUUGGUUGCAUGAAGCAGUUGCAUCUUGUAGCCAUAAAGGGUAUGUGGAAACAUUGAUGGGCAGAAAACGCUUUCUAUCAAAAAUAAAGUUUGGAAACAGCAAAGAAAAGGCUAAAGCUCAAAGACAAGCUGUAAAUUCCAUUUGUCAGGGCUCUGCUGCUGACAUAAUCAAGAUCGCUAUGAUAACCAUUCACUCUGUGAUUGCUGAAGGAAGUGAGCCUUUUAAUCUGAACAGUGGAUCUGCGACAAAAUUUUCCAACAUUAAAGGCCAUUGUCGUAUCAUUUUGCAGGUGCAUGAUGAAUUAGUGCUGGAAGUUGAUCCACAUCAUGUAAGGGAUGCAGGAAUUUUGCUGCAAAUGAGCAUGGAGAGUGCUGUAUCACUUCUGGUUCCGUUGCAUGUAAAAGUGAAGAUGGGGAAAACCUGGGGUUCGCUGGAGCCUUUCCAGCCAGAACUUUAACCUUUCAGUGGAAAGAAUUAAUGACUGGAAAACAAAAAGCUGCUGGACAUUUCAUCCAUUUAUCUAUUUUUGAAGACUCUAGGCAGUGUGGAUGGUGUUUCUCUGGCUUACAGGAGAAGUUCAACUGAUCUGAUAUUGAUAAGAUUCUGUGAGCUUUCAGAUGUCAAUUAAGCUUCCAUUUGGCUCAAUCAAUUUCGUUAGAAUGUGUAUUCAUUUCUGUUUAUACCCCCAGUCUUAUCUCGUGGUACCAUCCCAUCUCACUUACACCUUCUGUAUACAUGCUGGGCUUUAAAUCUCGAGAUAUGUUGUACAUAAUUUAGGAAGUGUUGUGAUUGGCUCUUAUCCUAACAACAAUCUUCUGAAUGGGUUCUGAAUUUUGGGGUCACGAAGAGAGGGUUCUGCUAGGCAACCUAUAAGAUAGGUUGGCAGGAAGUUGGACCUACCUUCACUGUUACAUAGUUUAAGUUCAUGCUGGGAAACAACGGUCCCCUACACUUGGAAAGAGCCUAUUGGAAGAGCGAAGAAGGCAGGGUCUGAUAUAGGAAUUUGCAUUCACGUCAAGACUCGGAUUAUCAGCCAAAAUGCCAGAUUGCAACACACCCCAUUACCAUUGUAUCUUGUACAGGAGGGUAAAUGGUCGAGCGAAUCUUUCUUUGGAUGCUAGAGGCAAUUAUAAACUAGUUCUCAGAGCUCUCUUUGACAUGCUUACAAGUGCUAGAGGCAAUUUUGAUAUGAAUACUGCUUCCCCUCUGGGCUCAUUUACCCAGGCCUGUGUGGCAACUGGAGAUUGGUAAAAUGGACAUGGUAGGUGGUUAUCGGAGGUUCCCAGGAGUAGGAAACCAGGUGGGAUCAUAUAAUCAGAUAUUGCAGAUCAUUGGGAGAUUUGAGCCAAGUGCAAGUAACUGUUUUUGUAGCGGAGAUUGCUCGGGUUAUAUGUUAUGGCUUAUAAUAGAUGCGGAAGUGACUGAUGUUAGACUUUACGGAUGUCAAUACUUGGAGAUUGCCUGGACUUUGGAAGGGGUACAUGACUUUACCGUGCCAGGACUCACCAUCGCCUAGCUGUUGGUAAUGCUGGACACAAAAAAAAAAGAGGCUCAUCUUUUGACGGAAGCUGCUUAGAACAUACUUGGGAUGGGGUGGUAGCUGCAGGAAACUUCGGGCUCGGUGAAGUUUUAAUUGAGCCAUGAACUUGUGUAACAAGCUUUACUGUUGCAUACACAGAGAUAUUGAAGUAGCUUGGAAAACAAAUCUUCUGGGAUUUUCUGAAAAUGAUGGAACUGCUGGCACUGUAGCAUGGCUCUGCUCAGAAUAACUGUAUUGACUAAAAUGCAUGCAGGAAGGUGUAGCAUAGUACGGAGUUGUGAGAAACUUGAGUAGAGAACUGUAUUAGAAAAGGCAUUUGACUUUGUACAGGGAUAUGGAAUUUCUGAAAUUAGUCUGAUCAAAUUGGUCCCACACUCCCACCUGUAAAAUAUACUUUGGUGUCUAUUGGACAUUGUAACAUAUUUGAAGGCUAUGAUAAUUCUUUAUGUAUUUCAUCCUCCACUGUUUGAAAUGUGAAUGAAAGUUGAAACAUUUGACUGCAA